UACUUAUAUGUUCAUAUUCCGUACUAGUUUGCAGCUUUUCCCCAUUUAGUUCCAAUCUGUGCAAUAUUUCCCUCAGUGUACAAUUUCAAUUUCUCAAGCUGGAAGGCGAUCGUCGGCGGUCUAAUUCUUUGGCGAAUUAAAAAUAUGCGUCAGUAGAGCAAGGAAAAAUUGUGUGCUAAGCAUUUAGUCGUAACUUAGCGUAUCAACAGUUCAGAGCCUAAGCGAAUCUUCAAUUCGAACACGCACAGCAUGAAACCGCUAUUAUUAUUUGCCUUACUGGCCACGCUGGGUGCUAACCUCCCCUAUACUUAUGCCGCCACUGUAAGUAGCCAAGGUGAUGCAACUGAACGCAAUCUCUUCGCAUCCGAUAUCUAUCAAGCCGUCGCGCUGGAUCAUUUGGCUGAAAAUGUCGUUAUCUCACCUGCAGCCAUACAAACCGCUAUGGCCUUGGCUUUCUACGGUGCCAAAGGCCGCACUGCGACAGAAAUUCAGGCAGGCAUUCGCCUCGGUUCGGCUAAUUCUGAUGAUGUGGUACGUCGUUUUAGCGCCUUCCAAA